UAGUCGUUUUUUCCCAUUGACGCUUUGAAGUAAAAACAAUAUUUGUACAUAAUGUAUGUAGUAUGUAAGAGUUCAGUUCAUCAUAGAACAUAAUAUAAGGUGUAUAAUGUAGGGUUUAACGCUUUGACGAUCGAAUUUAUAACAUGUGUGACUAUGGCUUGAUAUAAUUAAAACAUAGACAACACCAACAAAAUUUUACGUUGUUGAAGAUUUUUUAAAACUUUAAAUUGAAAUCUUUGGUGCGAAAACGGUGCAUUCGUGAUCAUGAACUCGAAAGGUGUAGAUCAAAAGUGAAAUUUAAAAAUCCUUAGAGUAUCCGCUGAAUACUUGUGAACAUUUUAUUGGUUAUAAUGUUUUUUCGUAGUGCUAUUGUAACGUUUUUAACAUUAUUAUUUGUGCAACAAAUUUCGUGUGCAGUGAAAACGGGCAAAAGCUCCUGGAAGGAUUUAUUUUUCGGUCAAUGGGGAUUUCAACGUGAUCCAAGGUUCUUACCUAUUUUUUCGGUAGUUCAUGGUGGAGCUGCUACAUGCACAGCACCAUCUGGUGAAAUUGGAAAUUGUAUAUCAAGCAAAGAUUGUCUUAUAAGAAGUGGCAUUCCAGCAGGACCCUGUGCCGGUGGUUAUGGAUUAUGUUGUAUAUUCAUGCAAACAUGUAAUGGUAAUAUUCGAGAAAAUUCCACUUAUUUUGUAAAUCCAAACCAUCCCGAUGUUUAUGAUGGAACAGGAAGUUGUCAAGUGACUGUUCACAAAAUUCAUCCAGAUAUUUGUCAAUUAAGAUUGGAUCUUGAUUUAUUUUCCAUAGCUCAACCAGAAUCUCUCAAUCAUAUUUGCAAUCAAGAUCAACUUUUAAUAUCCGGUGGAAGUCCUGCUCCAACUAUUUGUGGUUCUUCAGCUGGUGAUCAUAUGUACAUUGAUGCCGGAUUGGGACAGAGUAAUCCCAUUGUUAUAUCUGUCAUAACAAGUGGAUCUUUUCCACGAUUAUGGCGAAUUCGUGUUUCACAAAUACACUGUGGUGGAAUAUAUCGAGCCGAUCAGGGCUGCCUACAAUAUCACACCGGAAUAAGUGGUCGUGUUAGGAGUUUCAAUUUCAACACAGUAUCAGGACGUCAACUGUCAAAUCAAGAUUACAGUAUUUGCAUUCGAACUGAGAGAAAUUUCUGUGGAAUUCAAUAUAAUGCUUGCAUGGAUCAAGAAAAUAAUCGGUCACGAUCCUUCACAAUUUCGGGUAAUUCAAAUACUCCAGUUAUGGCAAUGGUUGGCAGUGGGACAAAUCAAGCUCAAACAAAUUCUUGUCCCAAUGACUGGCUUUUAAUUGGUUGUAUAAGAGUUGCUGAUCGUGUUCCACCAGCUAGUGCUUGUGAAGAUCGUGUUUGUGGUGGAACUUUUAAUGCUGAAGUAAGCCCUGAUCAAAAGACUGUUCAAACGAGUGUACGUCCUUUUCGAUUGUAUUUCCACACUGAUGGCAUUGAAGCACCAUUAGAUGAAGACAAUCGUGGUUUCUGUCUGGAUUAUGUUCAGCAGCCUUGUACAAAUGGGUAGUAUCGCUCAAAAUUUUGUUUCUUUAUAAAUUAUUUAAUUAGAUUAUGAAUUUUAUAU